AUGGGAAAUACAAAAAAUUCAUGCAGUGAAUUAAUAGCACAAUUGCGAAAUUAUAAAUUACAUGAAUCUCCAUACAAUACACCAUACCUUGAAGGCACUGAUACACCAUUAAAAUGGUGGAAUACAUGCUUUGCAACACAAUCACAACUUCAAGAUUUUGCAAUCAAACUAUUUUCAAUUACACCACAUGCUGCAAGUUGUGAAAGAGUUUGGUCAUCUGUGGGUUGGAUAUAUGAACUGCAUUAUUCUCAACCAUCAAUUAGCAAUGAUAAAAUCAUUGAAUUGGUAAAAGAAUCAUUAAGUGAAGGUUAUGAAGAAUCAUUUGAAGAAGAUGAAGGUAUAGUUUUAUCAAAUUUACAUGAGCCAGAA